UGGUGAUUCAAGCCUCCUACAACAACAGUGGUGAUUCAAGCCUCUUACAACACCAGUGGUGAUUCAAGCCUCUUACAACACCAGUGGUGAUUCAAGCCUCCUACAACACCAGUGGUGAUUCAAGCCUCUUACAACACCAGUGUGAUUCAAGCCUCCUAUACCACCAGUGGUGAUUCAAGCCGCGGGGGCGUUGACCCCCGAAGCCGUCUCCAGCCAGCAAGUGGGAAGAGUGUUGGGUGAGGAGGGUGACCUGAGAGGGUACGUUUGGUUGUGCUACCCGCCAUGACGGAUCCCACAAUACCAGCAAACGACGCCUCGCCCAGGCUUCACUCCCCACGUCCCCCGUCCGUCAGGACCAUCUGUGUGGAGAGUGCCCAGUGUGAUGGCCACUUCCCGGAGCAACGUCGUUCGCUCUCCCUCCUCUCAGCUUCCGAUCUCGCUAAAAUCCACCAUAAAGAUAUUGGGAACUGUGGUGGGAUGUGCCAGAGUUAUGAGGCAACAGGAGAGGUUGUAAAAGACUUGAGUGGACGAGUGAUUGAGGUUGCAAAUGUCUCAACUUCCGACCACCAAGCUGCUUCUACCAUGGGUUCACCCUCACCACAAUCCUCAACUACAGAUUUAGAUAUAACAAGUGACCGAGGAACCAUGAAGGUCUGGCCACAGGUGCUGGUGUGCUUGGUGGCCUCUCUGGGACAUCUCAUCUUAGGCACUGUCCUUGCCUACCCUGCCAUCGCCCUACCGCCCCUCACCACUUAUCGAAAUUGCACCCCCUUUGUCACCCAAGACGAAGUAAAUGUAACAUCACCUUCCUGGAUAACCAGUGAACUGACUCCAGAUAUGUUCAUUACGGAAAUAAGUUGGGCAGCAACUGGAACUGAGUCGUCAGCGAACUUCGCAGACAGAUUCAGAGAGCUGCCGUCAACAGAAGAGGAUACGACAACACCAGACUAUGAAGAUCUGUGUCCUUCCACAGCCAUACCUACUUUAUACACCCCCUUCCCUUCCAUAUACCUGCAGCCGAAAUAUGCUGUAUGGUUCGCAUCUCUACACGCAUUGGGGGCAUUGCUGGGGUCGCUGGUGUGUGGCUCACUCAUGGCUAGUGUGGGACAGCGUCGAGCUGUAUUAAUUACUACCCCUGUCGUCUUAGUCACCUGGCUCGCUACCUGGGCAGCUUUUUCAGUCUACCUCCUGCUGGUCACCAGGAUAGUGUUAGGUGUAUGUAUCGGAAUCUUGGGGACGAGCGUACAGGUAUACAUAGUAGAGACGUCCCACAAGAGUGUGCGAGGUUCCCUCACCUGUGUAACCGAUAUCUACGUGAGUCUGGGCAUUCUCCUCGCCUACGCCUUGGGCGCCUUGGAUGUUGGGUGGCGCUGGUCAGCUUUCAUCUUAGGUGUGAUCACCACAGUACCACUCGUCGUAGGAAUGGCCCUCUUCCCGGAUUCUCCUCGUUACCUAGCCUUAAGGGGACGCAAAGAGGACGCUCACAGAGCUCUCCAGUUCUUCCGAGGCCCCAACUGCAACGUUACUCAGGAACUCGAGAUGAUUAUGCAAGUGUGCAGCGACGUCAAAGAGUUGAGUAUUUGGGAGCAAUUCUCAACGCUGAAAUGCUCGGCAACACGCACUCCUUUCCUAACCACCUGUGGCGUGUACAUUUUAGGACAGAUGGCUGGGCCGUUCGUUGUUUAUAGUUACGCUGUGACUAUCUUCCAAGAGGCUAAUACAGGACUCAGCCCUUACAUCUCUGCAGUGAUGAUAGGCAUAGCGCGUUUGCUUGGGACAUGUGUGAGCCCUGUGGUAGUGGAGCGAGCAGGUCGCCGCCCCUCUCUCAUAGUGGGUGCCGUGGGCGUGACUCUAUCUCUCCUGGUCCUGGGUUCCUACUUCCAGGUGAAGGUCACCGACCCCAUCAGCGCCUUAUCCAUCAACUGGAUGCCUGUGAUAUGUCUCGUCAUCUACACUGUCAUCGUGGGUGCUACCGUUAGCCCUAUACCCUUCCUCCUCUCCAGCGAGCUCCUACCUAUUACCUUCAGGUCGGUGGGGUCAGCCACAUCAAAGGUCGUAUUCUUCACGGCUGGAUUAGUGGUCAUGUACUCCUUCUUAGGCCUACAGGCUGUCCUGGGCUUGGCUGUCCUCUUCUGGAGCUACGCUGUCUCCUCCUUCCUGUUGAUGCUGCUGGUCGCCUGGGUCGUGCCGGAGACCAAAGGAAAGACCCUGGAGGAGAUCGAAGAGUAUUAUAAUCUUAAGUCAAUGUAGAUGUGUUGGGAUAACAUAUUAUAAUUAUUGAGCAGCAGCAGCAGCAGCAAUAAUAGCAAUAAUAAUAAUCAUAUUUGAUACAAGUACAGCGAGAGUAGCUCCUGUUCCUUGGAUCAAGAGCUGUUCACCAGCAUGACAUCUCAUCCUGUCUUCUUGAAGGGUCAGGUUGUCUUGUGGUGAGAGCCAAGGUACAUUAUGCAAAUAUAUAUGUAAAUAUA